AUGUCAUCAAUAAUUCAACGAGACGACAACAUUCCACUAGCUGACGAUGACCCUCAAGUAAUUAUUAGCGAUGAAGUUGAUAAUAAUCGUUUGGACCACGGGAGGUCUAUGGACUCUUUACCGAGCUCUUACACAGGAUCUUCAAGUCCAGGAUUGAAUGGUCCCCCAAGCUUUGAACCUGAUUCAGGAAUUGAUGAACAAGAAGAAAAGGCUCGGCUCAUCUCCCAAGUUUUGGAGUUACAAAAUACUUUAGAUGAUUUGUCACAAAGAGUGGACUCUGUCAAAGAAGAGAAUUUGAAACUGCGUUCGGAAAAUCAAGUGCUAGGUCAAUAUAUUGAAAACCUCAUGUCAGCAUCUUCUGUCUUUCAAUCAACAACACCUGCAAAACAGUAA